UGGAAAUUCUGAACGUGAAUUCAGUACCCAAGAUAUUCCCAUAUGUGAUCCACAUGUUAUGUUUUAUGUUGGUGUCAAUCGCAAGCCAAAAGAAACAAAAGACUAUGUUCAUUUCAGCACAGAAUGCGCUGAAUAUAAUUCGGUCACAGGAUCAUCUAACAUUAGAAUGGAAAUGACCAUUCUUUACUUGUCACAAUCAAUAUGGGUUAAAUAUUUAGAAGUUGUAGGUGCUAACAUCAAAGUUAGAACCAAGUAUAUCAUAUCAGGGAAUGUCAAAUUUUCUGAUUCAGGUAAGAUGAUGGUUGAAGCCACAAACAUAGACUAUGUGAAAGGUCUAGAGUUUAAUUAUAAUACAAGCGAAAACCUUUCUUCCAGUAAAACAAAUACACGGUCAAUUAUCAAUUUUAUCGCAGACGACGUUGAUUCCACCAGCCCACAAAUAAAAAAGCCUAAAUUCAGUGCUUUUUCUAGAGAGGAUGAUAACAUCACUGCCCCUGUAGUAUGUGAAACUAUAAAAAUUACUAUUGAUAUAGAAGAGGAAUACGGUUCAUCAUCCGAAAGUAAAAAAUCACUGAAUCAUAUUGAUCUUGAAACGAUCGAUGAUUAUCAAGAAAUGAAAUUUGAUCAAGAUAAUAAAUUCAUGAGAGAGUCUAGUGAAGAUCAUACCCAAGACGAAAAGCAUACUGAGGAGUCUCAAGCAAAAUCGGGAACAAGAAGCACAAGAUCAAGCAAGAAAAAAAAGAGAAAAAAUGUAAAAAGAAAAUAA